CCAUGACACCCUUUCACAGAAUCAACAAACAAGCUAGUUUGUUGAGUUCAGCUUCUCUAUUCUUGCCCUCCAAAAAUGGCUGACAUUAAGGCCUAUAUUUCUUACGCCAAACGGCUGCUAAUAGCUGACGGAACCCAUUUUUCAGCCCCAAAACCUGACCCAGAAAGGCGUGUAGCUUCAUUAGACAUCUUCAGAGGCCUCACUGUUGCUUUAAUGAUUUUGGUUGAUGAUGCUGGAGGAGAAUGGCCUAAGAUGGGACAUGCACCAUGGCAUGGUAGCAACCUUGCAGACUUUGUCAUGCCAUUCUUUCUAUUCAUAGUAGGAAUGGCCAUUCCUCUUACUUUUAAGGGAAUUACGAGCCGGGAUCAUGCUGUCAAGAAGAUGAUUGUUAGAACUUUGAAACUACUCUUUUGGGGUAUCAUGUUACAAGGGGGCUUCUCACAUGCUCCUGACAAGCUAAGUUAUGGAGUUGAUAUGAAGAAGAUAAGAUGGUGUGGGAUUCUUCAGAGAAUUGCUUUUGCUUACUUAGUUAUGGCACUGAUGGAAAUCUUUACAAAAAAAGACCAAACCAAGGAUCUACCACCUGGCCGGCUCUCCAUUUUCAGGCUAUAUGGCUCGCAAUGGCUGGUGGGAGCAUGCAUUCUGGUUGUUUACUUGGCUGUAAUCUACGGGAUGUACGUGCCGCACUGGCAGUUCACUGUCAAUGAUGAAGAGAGUUCUGAUUAUGGGAAGGUUUUCACUGUAGAGUGUGCGGUCAGAGGAAAACUGGAUCCUGCUUGUAAUGCAAUUGCUUAUAUUGACAGAAAAAUCUUAGGAAUUAAUCAUUUGUAUCAACAUCCUGCUUGGAAGAGAUCUGAGGCCUGCACAGAGGCUUCCCUGUAUGAGGCGCCUUUUCAAACCAGUGCUCCAACAUGGUGCAAAGCUCCUUUCGAACCUGACGGAAUCCUAAGCUCAAUAUCUUCAGUCCUUUCUACCAUCACUGGAGCUCAUUUUGGACACGUUCAUGUACAUUUGAAGGGUGAUACAGCUAGACUGAAGCAUUGGACUGUGAUGGGACUUGCUCUUCUCAUUUUAGGGCUUGUUCUGCAUUUCACACAUGCAAUGCCCUUAAACAAACAACUGUACACUUUUAGCUAUGUUUGUGUAACAUCCGGGGCAGCAGCAUUGGUGUUUUCGGCCAUCUAUAUCCUGGUUGAUAUGUGGGGUCGGAAGUCCAUGUUUCUGCCGUUUCAAUGGAUCGGCAUGAAUGCAAUGCUUGUUUAUGUCAUGGCUGCUGAAGGCAUAUUUGCUGGUUUCAUCAAUGGCUGGUACUACAACGACCCUCAUAAUACACUGAUAUACUGGAUUCAAAAGCAUAUGUUCAUUGGAGUUUGGAAUUCUCAAAGCGUUGGUAUUCUACUCUACGUUAUCUUUGCAGAGAUCCCCUUUUGGGGCAUUGUUGCAGGCAUUUUCCAUCGCCUGGGAAUUUACUGGAAGCUUUAACUAUUUAUCUUAUGUAUAUUUCGUGAUAGCAACGUAAAGCUAUGUACAUCGUCUACGAUUAACCUAAAUAACCAACCUCGAUCAGCUUACUAAACUGAGAAGGAAGAACUACUAUGUUCACUGCACAAUUGUCUACAUGAUUUAUAGAACAAGAUAGGCCAGAUAUUGGCCUCUAGCUAGCAUGUACUCAAAUGCUUGUAAGAUUGUCGAAAUGCCUGCUGCUAAGUCAUCAAGCAUUGUUGAAGCUUCCAACUAUCAAGGUCAAAAGGCAAGAGUUUCUAUAUUCCAUGCCA